UGAUAGCCGCAGGGGGACUGGGCACUGAGUCGAGCGAACAACUUGGGAAAUAUGGCGAGUCCAGAAGGCAGCGACGAUGAUCACGUUAAAAGACGAGGAAUUCUUAAAGACAGAUCUCAAGACAAGCACCACUCUGGAGUCCAAUGGGAUGAAAUGAACAUCAUGAUGACAUAUCACCCAGAAGACAAGGAUUAUGGCCACAUGAAAAUCAAUGAGCCUCCUACUCCAUACAACAAGUUAAAGGACCCAGAUGGCGAGGAGGGAGGCGGUCCUUCGUGUGAUCCUAUUUCUGACGAUGAGCCUGAGAGUUUAGAUCCCAAGGCUCUCUCAGAAAAGAUGCAAGAUCAACCAAGGCGUAAAAGCUGGGAAGAUACCCCAGAGGAAGACGAAGAGGAGGAUGAUGAAAAUCUUACUGAAGAAGAAAGAUUAAAGAAAAAGGAAUUUGAAGAACAUAGGAAAUACCAUUAUAAUGAGUUUGCUCAAGUCAAGCUUGCUAGGAAACUAAUUGAGCAGGAGCUCAAGGAAUUAGAAGAUGAUGACGAUGCAUCUGGGACUUCACCUGAUAAAGCAAUGGAUCAUUCCUGAAGGCUGCUGAUGAUGCACCACAACAUGUAUAUUAUCCACCAGCAAGAGAACUAUAUUGUUAUAAAGCAGUUGUAAUACACUGUUAAAGGCACCACAAGACUAGUCAACAAAACUUUUUAGAAGGUUUGAAUAUGGACCCCCUAUGAUGCAUCCACAAAUAAUCUCACAUUAUUACCGAAAUAAAGGUUUUUGAGGUGGGCAUGCAGGCUAGAACCCCCCACAAGGACUUCAUGCUAAAGGUGGUCCGAGAUUCCAUAUUCUACAGUAAACAGCAAGCCAUCUGAGUGCUUUAUAAUUUUUGCUUCAUUGUCAUUAAACCUAUCUCUUGGGUAAAAAAUGCUCCAAACCAUGUCCAAGGUGCUAUCCAUUAUGGGUAAGAAUUUAUAAUGACACGCCCAAUUUGCUAUCAUAUAGGGUUAGAAUUUAUUCUGCUGACGAACACCUGUUUGUUUUAUGGUCUGUUUUAUGGUGUUAAUACUAAGGUAUGGUUCACUGGAUAUGUGAUGGUGUAGAUUGUGCAGUGACAUGCUGUGGUUCGAUUUGUGUCAAAGCAUUGAGUAAAUCUUUAUUUUAAUAGCUUUGUAUAUAUUUGCUUCUUUUCUUUGUUAAGUAAAAAUUGUCACCGGAUAGCUAAUCUGACAACACAAGAUAAGAUUUGAUUUACUAAAUUUCAUUGGACUGGUGCUUAUUUAGGGAAAUCAAAAAUAAACUAAUUCAUUAUAGAUUGUUCAAUAAAUCUAACCCUAACCAAUUUAACUGGCAAGCUAUGUUUUGCACUUUGAUCACUAAUAUAGACUGCAUGAUAACCACAGAACAAUUUUUUUUCCAUACUUCAGCUUAGGACAUGUUUGUGUAUCUGAUGGUGUGCUCUUUACUAAGGUUGGCUGGAUAGAGUAGUAUCAGCAGAGAAAGUACAGCUUUUAGACUGUUUUGAAAAAGCAUUUAUAUAAAUAUAAAAUGAGUAUGUAUUAUGGUGAAAAUAUUUGUAGAUUUGAAUAAACUAGACAGUACUACAUAAA